AUGGUUUUCCCUACUGCAAUCCGCCAAUUUGCCGCCUCUGCUAAGGCCUCUGCUCCCCUUAAGUCCUCUGCUUGGGGCCCCGCCAUCUUUGGUGCUAGCCUCGCUAUCGGCUCUUACUUCUAUUACUCAUCCCGUCCUGUUGCUGCUGAAAGCACCCUCAAGGGUGACAAGCAGUGGGUUGACCUUAAGCUCAUUGGCUCUGAGGAACUUACCAGCAAUACUAGAGAAUUCACUUUUGAGCUUCCUGCUGGCGAGAAGCUCGGCCUUACCCCUACCUCUGCUCUUCUUGCCAAGUACGUUACAGCCAAGGGUAACAAUGUCAUCCGCCCUUACACUCCUGUCAACGAUCUCGAUGACAUUGGCACUUUCAAGCUCGUGAUUAAGCGCUACGAGACUGGCAAGUUUGGCAACCACAUUUUCGCCCUCAAGAAUGGCGAUACUGUUGCCUUCCAGGGCCCCAUUCCCAAGUACCCCUGGACCGCUAACAAGCACGCCGAGGUUGGCCUCAUUGGUGGUGGCUCUGGUAUCACCCCUCUUUACCAGCUCAUCCAUGCCAUUGACAAGGACCCUGCUGACAAGACCAAGGUCCACUUGUUCUACGGUAACGUUACUGAUAAUGACAUUAUCCUCAAGAAGGAGCUCGAGGAGGUUGCUGCCAAGAACCCUGAACAGUUCAAGUUCCACUUCUUUGUCGACAAGGCCAGCGACUCGUGGAAGGGUGAGACUGGUUACAUCACCAAGGAGUACCUUGAGAAGAACUUGUUUGCUUCUUCUGCCGACAAUGUCAAGGUUUUUGUCUGCGGUCCUCCCCCCUUCUCCAAGGCUAUUUCUGGCCCUAAGGUUUCCCCCACUGAUCAGGGUGAGGUCGAGGGUGCUCUCAAGGAUCUUGGCUUCUCCAAGGACCAAGUCUUUAAGUUCUAA